GUUCCAGGUUCCGCACUCCGGGAUCGCGUCAUUGCACGUGAUGUUGACCUUUUGUUGAUGCAAAUUCCGACUCCCUUUCUCUUGUUCUUUCCAUCACCAUCGUUCCUCAGUUCUUCAGGCAUCGAUACUCCACGAAAAAGUGCCUCUAUUCAUUCACUUCUAGCUCAUGGCCAGGGAGAACGGUGUUGCCGUUGAAUAUUUCUUCGAGUAUGAGGACCGUAGAUUUAUCUCUUCUAUUGUUACUGACUACACUUCUCUAUUUGCCUCAGAACUCGACCACAUUGACAUUCUCUCCACCCCCAGCUAUGGAAGUUGUGCGACAAUCCCGUGUACGGUGCGAGUUCCUUGUAGACUUUGCUUCAAGAUUAUUUAUAUGGUCUAGGACUCGUUGGUGCCUUUGCGAUAUCUGUUUAGGGAUGGAGGACAUUCCCGCAGUCAAGGUGAGUCAAGACUGCCGGCUACUUUCGAUGCAAUGAUUUGUUUUGACGCUGCAGCCACUCGCUCAUUAAUACCUCUGCCGUGACGA